AUGAACAACAUCAAACUCGAACUUCCUGCGCAAAUUCAAGCAUUCAGUUUCACAUUUGAAACCAGUACACCUGGACCUGUAACUGUCGAAAUCGCCAUCCAAAAGUCUCUGAAACGGUCAAGCAGCGACACAGAAACACAGAGGCCAGAAAUCGUUAAUCACUGGGGAGAGGCCCAGAAGGUUGCAAAUUUUAGGCACGUCGGUGGACACAUCAUGCCUGGGGCUCGUGCAGAUGAGGGUCCUAUUUCACAUGGAUUCGCAGUUCCAUUACACGAGCCACUGCCUCCCCUUUCCCUGGAUGUUGAAUUCCAUGAUCCACCUCACAUCUCAGAUUCCACAGUGGAGCAGGAGAUGUUAGACUUUGGAUUUCUUACUGGCAAGGACCUUGAUAUCAUGACUCACGGUAGGGCGUUACCGAAUCUCAGACCUAACUUCCACAGCCUGGAGGCUCUUCUCACUGCUGUUGACCACUUUGAUGGAUAUAACACAGCUACAGCAGCUGGUGGACAGCCCCUGACAGCUCAUGAGGCUCAUUGUCUUCCUAUCAACCCCAAGUGGUGUGGAUCAAGUGGACGGGAUGAUCUUGAUGUCAACAUUGAUGUUGAUGCAAUCUUUGAUGACCAAGAUGAUGAUGAAGAUCACAGUAUCACUACCUUGAAUACUGGACCAGAUGAGGAUGAACCCAAUCCAUUUAUUGUGGAGGAAGUUCUUGACUUGAAAGACAACAGGGACCUCACUGACAUUCCCCCCCACCUCCUCACCAUAUAUAUGGUGGUGUCAUGGUUACAUUUGCAGUUCCACCUACCAAGAGUGGCUUGUAAUGCAUUGCUAACCAUCUUUGCAUGCAUCCUUAUCUUGCUUUUGCCAGCAAUCAAAACAUCCUUCAUCACUCUCCAGUCAAGCAACCGUGUCCUUGGUGUUGACAAGUCUGCAUAUACACUACCUGUUUGCCCUAUUUGCCGAGAUGUUUAUUCCCCUGGAGGAUCUCCACAGUCGCAUGAUAUGUGUAUAACUUGCAAUGUCAGCUUAUUCCUUCCGGAUCUAAUGAAACACGGGAAUCUUCGUGCUAUAAGAUCACCUGUCGUCAAGUAUCACUACCUUCUGCUCUCAGAGCAACUCAAAUCAUUGCUGAAGGUUCUGGACCUGGAGGCUAAUCUCAAUGCUUGGCAAUCAAAACCUCGAAAUCCAGGUGAAUAUACUGAUAUUUUCAAUGGGGACAUGUAUCAUACAAAGCUCCAAGGUGUGGAUGGUAAGAUAUUCUUUUUGAACCUUCCACAUGAGAAAAAUGGUCCAGACGGGGAGCUUCAAAUUGGUGUCAAUCUUGGAGUUGAUUGUCCGAAAGAGCAGAACCCAGAUCAAAUUCAAAGAUUCCUUCACCCCAUCGUCUCAGACUUGCUUCGCCUCUGGAAGUCUGGGGUCCAGUUACCUAUGGAAUCAUGCCCACAAGGUCGGCUUGUCUGUGUGAUCUUGGUGGCUGUUGUGUGUAACAAACCAGCUGCACACAAAAUCGGAGGGUUUGUAUCUCAUUCCCACACACAUUUUUCAUUUCAACCCCGCACGAACACAGAACAGCAGGACUUGGUUGAUCCAAUGCACAAUCUAUUUCUAGGUCUAGUCAAAACGCACUUUAUAAUAUCUGGGUGCAGUUGA